CCCGUUUUUUGCAAACAACCUGCCGUUUCAAAACAAAUCCGGCCGAAACACGUCGGGAUCGGGUCAAUCGCGGCGGCGGCGAGGAAAAAUCCACGGGCGACCAUUUCCGAUCGGCCAAUCACGGAUUCUAGCGCUUCACGGCGGCCCCAUGGGGGGUGACGUCGGCGCAGGGCCGCCGCGAGCAUGGGAAACUGCCUCGCCGGCUGUUUACCCACCUCGGACGCAGCGAGGACGUUGCGCGGCAUGCUGUCCAACCCACGGACGGACUUUUCUUACCUCGUGGAAGAGCCGAAUUCCAUCGGACGGACCGAAAAAAGUUUUCUGGCAAGGAUCUUGAAACGGAAACCGCGUCGGAAACCGGUGCUCGAAAUGGUCGACGGCCUGUUAAAUCCGCCGCUCUCUUACAGCCGACUCUCGGAAUCGCAAAGGUUACCGUCGACGAGCUCCUGCGUCAGCAGAGACAUACCGCUGCAGUGCUUGGACGCGAGAGCGCUGCUCGACCAAGCCAACACCCCGACGCCGGAAAACUCGCUCGACCUCGAGUGGGAGCAUGAAACCCUGCCUCCGUCCGCGUUAAAUGACACCUCGCGCAGCUCUUGGCAGCAAGACACCUUGCAGGUCGGCGAGGUCGCGGCCAGCGAUUCCGAUUGGUCCCGCGUGUCUUCCGGUGCGAAUUCCCUCGAGUGGGACAACGUCCAGAACUCGAUGCACUCGGAUCUCGAUACGGACACUCAAUUUUUGCUAAACGAAAUCGAUAGGCUCACCAUGCGGGCGCUGAGAGAGACCGGCGUCGUUGCUGACGGCGCGAACUACUUGGACGACCAGUUGUAGUGACCGUUUAGUCGCCUUCGAUAUCCAAAAACACUGUUUAGAUAAAAAGAAAUAUAUACGACCAACUGUGUGUAAUUACUCGCUUCAACGCGCCCAUUUUGGUUACGUUUCUGUGACUGCCAUAACGGACGAGACGACCGUUUGCGAAACGGUAAGUCUCGCCCCGAUCUCUCGAUUUUAGGUGGUCCGUGGUUGUCCGCGCGGUGACGUAAUUGGCGAGUUAGUGAAAUUGAAUGUUGACCUGUAACAUUAGCGAAUAAUUUUAAUAUUAUAUAAGACUGUUAUCCCAUCGUCGAGGAAGAGAUAUUUUUUAAAAAAAUAACCUAGCGUUUGAAGUAGCCGGCCUAACCGUGUUGUGUUUCGGGCACCUUUCUCGGCUAGAUUUUUAACGAACCGUUAAGUUUACCGCUUUAAAUUCACCCAACAUCGUUAAUUUUAACUUUGUUAUGUCCAACUGCAACAUAUCAUCGGCAAAAAUAAAAAAACUG